AUGCCGGUUCAAAGUUUCAAAAAGCUUGUCAUCGCUGUGGGCGGGACUUUUCCCAAUCUCAGACAAGCGGACUUAAAAGCGCUGAUUGAGAAGAAUGGUGCGACAUACACCACCACGGUCACGGAAGAUUGUACCCAUCUGGUGACCACUGAAAAGGAUGUGGAGAAGCAGACUACCAAAUACAAACAAGCUUCACAGCUCGCCAACUGCCACGUUGUUCCACUUUCGUGGCUUGUUGAAUCAGACGAGGCCAAGAAGCCGCUGCCGGAGUCCAAGUACUCCUUUGGCCAGGCCAACCAGUCGUCCCAGGCGGACAAUGACACACAGAAGAAAACCGUGGAUGGUAGCGCAGCACUUCCUGCGGAUAACAAGCGUACCACCAGAAAGCGAGUUGCGGCGGCUUCUGGUGAAAAUGAUGACGCAAGAACGACAAGCGACACCCUGAAGAAUGGUGCAGACGGCAAAGCUAAACCCUCCGAGGAUAAGAAGCCUGCAGGCAAGAAAAGAGGGGCGGAUGAAGAGCCUGUUAAAAAUGGUUCCAACAAAAAGGCAAAGGACAUUCAGAAGGCAGCCACAAAGGCAAUCAAUGUCCCAAUUGACGAGGGCUUUGAGGAACUGGGUAAACUCAAGGACCCCAAGGUAUACAUUGACGGCGCAGGCCUCAUUUGGGAUGCCACUCUAAGCCAGACUGUGGCAGCCAACAAUGCCAACAAAUUCUACCGUGUCCAGUUGCUGGUAGGUGCCAACUCAAAGUACUAUGCCUGGACGCGCUGGGGUCGGGUUGGGGAGCAUGGACAGUCGGCCUGUCUCGGGGACGGGGGCUUGGCAGACGCGAUGCGGCAGUAUGAGAAGAAGUUCAAAGACAAGUCAGGUCUCAAGUGGGAGAAUCGGCUCGAUACUCCUAAGAACGGAAAGUACACGUUCCUUGAGCGCAACUAUGAAGAGGACGACGAAGAGGAGGAUCUUGUGAAAAAGGAGAAAAGUACCAAGGAAGAAGAGGACAAGCCCGCGGCACAGAGUUCCUUGACCAAAGGACUUCAAGACCUGAUGUCCUUCAUCUUCAACCGGCAGGAUGUUCUCGACACAUUGGCCGCAAUGUCCUACGACGCCCACAAACUCCCAUUGGGAAAGCUGAGCGAUAGGACUUUGAAAAGCGGGUUUUCGGUUCUGAAAGAGAUAUCCGAGCUGAUGGCUACACCAAGCGUGGCGCAAGCGAGAUACGGCCAACCAUAUGGCAAUGCCAUAGAGACAUUGAGCAACCGAUAUUUCACCUUGAUUCCCCACGUCUUUGGCCGGAAUAGGCCCCCAACCUUGAACACAAACGCGCAGAUCAAGAAGGAAGUCGAUUUGCUGGAGGCACUGACGGACAUGGACGUUGCCAAUGAAAUCAUGGUAUCGUCCAAGGAAGACGAUGACACCCACCCGCUGGAUCGCCAGUUCCAGAGUCUGGGUAUGGAAGAGAUGACUGAACUGGAUCACAAAUCAACCGAGUUCCGCGAACUCGAGAACUACCUCCAGAACUCACGGGGAGAGACACACAGCAUGAGCUACAAGGUGAUUAACAUCUUCCGCAUCGAGCGCCAAGGUGAAAACGAUCGCUUCAACUCCUCCCCAUAUGCCAAGAUCCAAAACAGCGACCGCCGCCUCCUCUGGCACGGAUCUCGCAGCACAAACUUCGGUGGUAUCCUCAGCCAGGGUCUUCGCAUCGCACCACCCGAGGCACCUGUCAACGGAUACAUGUUUGGAAAGGGCGUGUAUCUAGCUGAUACAUCGAGCAAAUCCGCAAACUACUGUUGCCCUUACAACAGCCGGGGGAUGGGGUUGCUUCUUCUCUGCGAUACCGAGCUUGGUGCGCCCAUGUUGGAGCUUGACAGUAGCAACUACAACGCUGGCGAGGAAGCGCACAAGGCUGGCAAGAUUGCGACGCUCGGCAGGGGCAGAAAUAUCCCUGGUGGGUGGAAGGAUGCUGGGUGUUUGAACCCGGCUUUGGAGGGUGUAACGAUGCCUGAUGUGGCUAUCGGCAGUUCCAAGGAUGCCCAAGAUCGCGGUCUGUACUACAACGAGUACAUUGUGUAUGAUGUUGCCCAGAUCCGACAGCGCUAUUUGUUCCAGGUCAAGAUGAACUGA